GAAAAUUCCGUUUCCGGUAUUCUUCUCAGACCUGCUGGUCUCCGGAGUGAGACUGUCCUCUGUCAGCAUGGAAAACACACCUUAGAGCUGCCGCUGCUCUACGGAGGAGGCACCGUGUGAACGUGGGUCAUGGACUCGUCUACGAACAGCCUGGAUGAUGCGUCGGCCGACAGCAGUGCUGAAUUUCCAGACCGGGCGUCCAUGAUGGAGGUGCGUCUGCAGGCACAGGAGGAUGAGAUCACACUGCUAAAAUCCUCGCUGGCCGAUGCCCUGCGCAGGAUCCGGAUCCACGAUCAGGUUCUGCAGCUGCUGAAGCAACAGCUCGUAGCAGCGAAUCCAGGUGCUGCACGGUUACUGAGCCAAGCCUGCUGUCCAGAUUGUUGCACCAGCAGCAGGAAGUUGUCCUCCAGCUCAGCCACCGAUGGGAUCCGCCACCCUGCUAUGAGCCAACUGUCAGACACAAAUGGCCAAGUAGGAAGUUCAGCAUCUGUGGAGCUCCAAAUCAGACCAGCAACACUGGACAGGUCAACCCAGACAGAGUCCACCUUGCUGGACCGGGACGCUGAGCAGGACAGGGUCCCUCUCCACAGACGGGUUCAGAGCCUGUCCUUGGAAGAUGCACUGCUGGAAGGUGAGCAGCCUCCUGAACCUGAAGGAAUCCGGGCCAAACUCCAUCGUGCCCCAGGUAUGGAGGAGGAGGAGGAAGAGCUGGAAGAAGAUGAAGGGGGACGAAGAGGGGAGCACGAAAAGGACCUAACUUGGGUGUCAUCAGUUGAGGAACCCAUUCAGCCCACCACUAUCAGAGGCCUCCAGAGCGAGGACUUCCUGGAUGGAAGCUGCUCUCCUGAGGAGCCAGGCUCGGCCUCGUUCAGAUCUUCAGACCAAAACCCGAGCCCCCGCUCUGGACCCCUGUCUCCCAUCCACGAAGGACAGAAGCCUCUGGUUCGUAGAAACAGUGAGAAACUAGGGAACCCGGAUAAGCAGAGAAAACGUCUGGACAAGAAGGCGGCGUCUUCGGCAAACCUCCUCACCCGCUCCCCCAGCCUGGAGAACCGAGCCAAGGAGCUUAUCGCCAGUGCAGGAUCCCCUGGCUCCAGAAGAGGAACCUACAGCCAAGGACAGUCAAUCAAAAUGUUCAUCCGAGGCCGGCCCAUCACCAUGUACAUCCCCUCUAACAUCCAGAACUAUGAGGAGCUGAAGAUGGAACCGCCCUCUGAGAGACUCGAGCUCGACUGGGUCUAUGGUUACCGGGGACGGGACGGUCGGGCUAAUCUGUACUUCCUUCCGACGGGCGAGGCAGUGUACUUCAUUGCCUGUGUCAUUGUGCUUUAUCACAUCAACAACCGCACACAACGCCACUACCGGAAACACACAGACUGCGUCCGCUGUCUCACCAUCCAUCCUGACAAAGUGCGUGUGGCGUCUGGGCAGACAGCAGGGGUGGAUAAAGAUGGCAAGCCUCUGCAGCCGUGUGUUCAUAUCUGGGACUCCACCACGCUGGUCACCCUGCAGCAGAUCGGCCUGGGGACCUUCCAGAGGGGAGUGGGAUCAGUGGCGUUUUCCUUUGCUGACUCUGGAUCCUUCCUGUGUGUAAUCGAUGACUCUAAUGACCACAUGCUGUCGGUGUGGGAUUGUGCUAAGGGCACCAAGUACACAGAGAUAAAGAGUACCAAUGAGGCUGUGUUUGCUGUGGAGUUUAACCCUCGCGACAGCACCAACAUCAUCACCUGUGGAAAAUCCCACGUCUACUUCUGGACGUUAAGCGGAGGACAGCUCACCAAAAAGCAAGGCAUCUUUGGAAAAUACAAGAAGCCCAAGUUCAUCCAGUGCUUUGUGUUCAGCCUGACCGGAGAUGUUCUGACCGGAGACUCUGAAGGGAACAUCCUGACUUGGGGAAAAUCAGCUGCAGAUAUCAAAACUCUUGGUAAAGGAGCCAAAGAAACCUUCCAGAUCAUGCGACAGACCAAAGCACACGAAGGCAGCGUGUUCACCCUGUGCACCCUGCACGGAGGAGGUCUGCUCAGUGGAGGAGGGAAGGACCGUAAGAUAAUCCGCUGGAGCGCUGACCUGGCACCUGAGAGAGAGUGUGAGAUUCCAGAACAGUUCGGGGCAGUCCGCACCAUUGCAGACAUGGACGAAGAGGAGCUGCUGGUUGGUACGACUCGAAAUGCCAUUCUCAGAGGAACCUUCUCAGACGGCUUUGUGGCCAUAGUGCAGGGGCAUGUUGAUGAGAUGUGGGGACUGGCUACUCACCCCUCUCAGAACAUCUUCCUCACCUGUGGCCAUGACAGGCAGGUGUGUUUGUGGAACACAGAGACGCACAAGCUGGACUGGUGUAUCACCCUGGAGGAGUACGGCCUGUGUGCUGAUUUCUGCCCCAAUGGAUCCGUGGUUUCAGUCGGCCUCAGCACAGGAAGGUGGAUGGUCCUUGACCUGCUGACCAGGGAGGUGGUUUCUGAGUCCACUGACGGGAAUGAGCAGCUGUCUGUCAUGAGAUAUUCACCAGAUGGCAGCUUCCUGGCCGUGGGAUCUCAUGACAACUUCAUCUACAUCUACCAUGUGACGGAGAGCGGCCGACGUUACAGCCGCUGUGGAAAAUGCAACGGCCACUCCAGCUUCAUCACUCACCUGGACUGGUCCAAAGACGGGAAGUACAUCAUGUCGAAUUCAGGCGACUAUGAGAUCCUUUACUGGGACAUAGCAUCAGGCUGCAAGCUGCUGAGGAACCGCUUUGAGAGCAAGGACAGAGAGUGGGCCUCUUACACCUGCGUGCUGGGCUUCCACGUGAUGGGUGUGUGGCUGGAAGGCUCAGACGGCACAGACAUAAACGCGCUGUGCCGCUCUCACAGCGAGAAGAUGGUGGCUGUGGCUGAUGACUUCUGCAAGGUUCACCUGUUCCAGUACCCCUGCCCCAAACUCAAGGCACCGAGCCACAAGUACGAGGGCCACGGCAGCCACGUCACCAACGUCUGCUUCACACACAGUGACUCUCACCUGCUCUCCAUCGGCGGGAAGGACACCUGCAUCCUUCAGUGGAAGGUGAUCGGAGGCGUGGUGGGGAACAGCCAGGAAAGGCUGGCCUCGGCCUCAUCCACCUCCACCAGCUCUCCAGAACCUGCAGCCAGCUAAGGCGGGCGGGUGCUUUUAAGAGUGAAGGAAGGCGGGCUGUUUUCUCAAAGCCACAGAGGCGGAGAAGUGAGUUAGUUCUGGGCUCAGUUUAGCCUCUGCUCUGCCGCUGCCAGCAGUUUCAUGCAGGACAUGUAGAGGAACUCUCUCCAGGAGGAACAUCCAUAUUAAUGUUGUGCUUUAAUUCCAUGAAUCCUUGUGGAACUGGACAGAUUUCCCAUAACACAGAUGCCUUGUCAUUCUGUCGUGUGUGUGUGUGUACGUGCGUGCGUGUGUGUGUGUGUGUGUGUGUGUGUGUGUGUGUGUGUGUGUGUGUGUGUGGCGAGGACCAUUCCUGUGGGUUUGCUGGUACAGAACAUUCCUGUCUUCUUUACUAAAGUGCUGCACGGUGGCGUUUGCCACGGUACUCGUGCAGAUGUUUUAACCAAUGUUCGGAUGAUAUCUCAGCUUUUAAUGCUUAAAUUAGACUGUGACAAUCCUGUCCCGUGGAAAUCAGCUCAGCAUCUCCUGCUAACUAAUCUCUAUAACAGUAGAUCAGUACACUUGAAGAUGAUUACUUUAGUGCAGUUGUGUAUGUAUUUAAGAAACAUCAGCCAAUACUGUGAUGUCGUAUCAGCCGAGCUCCCAAUAAAUGAGUGAAGACUGCAGGGUGUGUUGUGUGUGAAGUGUCACUAGUGGGCAGUGCCACUCCAGAACUGGUGAGUGUGUUCUUAAACAUCAGGUCCCAAAUGAGAUCAUUGCGUCCCC